AUGCCCAGAGCCUUCCUGGUGAAGCGCCGGAGCCCGCAGCCGGCGGUGCGCAGCUGGGAUGGGCUGCCCGACGAGGAGAGAGCCGACACCUACAUCCCAGGCGGGAUCGGCUGCGUGCUGCUGGGCUACGAAGACAGCUGCAGCCUGGAGAGCAGCGGCAGCAGCGGGACCCGGGACGCCGAACCCAGCGACCCCCCGACGCCCCAGCCUGCCCCCGGCGAGCUGGGCACGGGCGGGGGGAUGCUGCUGGACCUGGCCGUCAAGCGGCCCGUGGUCAGGUCCAAAAUCAAGUUCACCACUGGCACCUGCAACGACGCUGCCCUGCAUAGCUGCGAGCUGUGUGGCAAAGGCUUCCGCCUGCAGAGGAUGCUCAACCGCCACAUCAAGUGCCACAGCCAGGUGAAGAGACACUUGUGCACCUUCUGUGGAAAAGGCUUCAACGACACCUUUGAUCUGAAGAGGCAUGUCCGGACCCAUACAGGCAUUCGCCCCUACAAGUGCGAGGUGUGCAACAAGGCCUUCACGCAGCGCUGCUCGCUGGAGUCGCACCUGAAGAAGAUCCACGGCGUGCAGCAGCAGUACGCCUACAAGCAGAGGAGGGACAAGCUGUACGUGUGCGAGGACUGCGGCUACACGGGCCCCACGCAGGAGGACCUGUACCUGCACGUCAGCGGCGUGCACCCCGGCAGCGCCUUCCUGAAGAAAACCUCCAAAAAACUCGCAGCUGUUCUGCAAACCAAACUCAGCCCCGUCCUGCAGAGGAACUCCAAAGAGGACGGCAAGGACGAGUGA